AUGUCCAUGGAAGGGAUGAUAUCUUCGUCCUCUUCUUCACAGUCUCCUUCUUCGUUACAGUUUGUUUGUCAAAAAGACCAAGAAACCCCACCAACUCUUCAGCAGCGCCUUCAGUUUCUCUUUCAAAGCCGGCCUGAAUGGUGGGCUUACGCCAUUUUCUGGCAAAAAUCUAACUUCGAUGAUAAUGGCCCCCUCCUUUUAACUUGGGGCGAUGGCCAUUUCCGUGGUCCCAAUAAGGCAACCACCACCCUAUCUUACCAACACCAUCAGCAGCAAAGAUCUAGCUCCGAUCCGGAGGGGCGAAGGAAGAUGAUGAAGGGUUUCCAAGCUAUGAUUGGGGAAAGUAAUAAUCCGCAAGUCGAUGGGUGGAUGGACGGGGAUGUCACCGAUGUGGAAUGGUUCUUUAUGGUAUCCCUCACACGGUCUUUCGCGGCAGGCGACGGAGCACCUGCUCGGGCUUUCAGUUCCGGUUCUCCAGUGUGGUUGUCGGGGAGUCACGAGCUUCGGCUGUACAACUGUGAGAGAGCCAAAGAAGCCCAAAUGUAUGGGAUUGAGACUCUGGUCUGUAUCCCAACCUCGACCGGGGUGCUUGAGCUGGGUUCUUCUGAUAAGAUCACGGAGAAUUCCACCCUGGUGCAGCAAACCAAAUCUCUGUUUGGAUCCGACUUGACCCCAGAAAGAAGACUAACCCCCCCUCCCAAGCGCUUUUUCGAUAGAAAUCUUUCCUUCGCAGACAUCGGGAUAAAGUCCGGGUCCGAGGCAGUGGGAGAAGACAAGCAUAAUAAUCAUCGUAAUCAUCAUCUUCUUCUUCAUCAAGAGAGAAGAGAGAUUAAGCAACAAGUAGCAGAAGCGGUAGAGAAGUCGAAGAGAGAUCGACAGUCAUCUUCGGACACCGAAGGUACUGUACUACCGAUGACAACGGCUGCGGAUAUACCGGAGAAGAGGAAGCCAAAGAAGAGAGGGAGAAAACCUAUACUAAACGGCAGAGACUUGCAGGUGAAUCACGUGGAAGCGGAGAGGCAGCGGAGGGAGAAGCUUAACCAUCGGUUCUACGCGCUCAGGUCGGUGGUCCCCAAUGUGUCAAGGAUGGACAAGGCAUCAUUGCUUGCUGACGCGGUGUCGUACAUCAAUGAGUUGAAAUCCAAGGUAGAAGGGUUGGAGGCUCAGCUUCUCCGACAACAGGGAGAGAGAGAAACCAUCAGAGUGAAGAUGGAAGCUGCAGGAGAGACCGUCGAUAUGGUGAACGAUCAUGAACAUCGUCAAGAUAGCAGUACAUGCACCACCGGUUUUAGGAUAGGAAUCACGAAAACAGGUCAAGGGACGAUGGAGGUAGAGGUGAAGAUCCUGGGAUCGGACGCAGUGAUCCGAGUACAGUCGGAGAAUGUGAACCACCCGUCAGCAAGACUGAUGGAUGCAAUUCGUGAACUGGGUUUUCAAGUUCAUCACGCCAGUGUUUCCAGCGUCAAACAAGUUAUGCUUCAGGAUGUAGUGGUUAGGGUUCCACAAGCCAUUGCUACUACUACUACUGCUGGAUUACUGAAAACUGAAGAGGCAAUCAAAGCUAGUCUCCUUCGGAAGUUAGAGUUUUAGUGCUGGACUCGUUUGUUAAUCACAAAUGACCAUCAUCA